UGUGCAUUCCAUUCAGCACACUAUGCCACGUUAAAGCUAAGCUUACUCCAUGAGCUUAUCGCAUCCCCAGCUCUUACCAAGAACCAACAUGGCAACCGUUUUUGACAUAAAUGCUGCAGCUGCCUCAAGAAAUUAUGCUGUAAACCCUCGGUUGUCGUAUAAUACCGUCAGUUCCAUCACUGGUCCCCUGGUUAUCUUAGAUAACAUUCGUCGUCCAAAGUACAACGAAAUUGUUAAUUUGAACCUUCCUGAUGGAACCGUUCGCUCUGGCCAGGUUUUGGAAGUUGCUGGCAAAAAAGCUAUCGUUCAAGUGUUCGAGGGUACAUCAGGUGUUGAUGUCCGGAAGACGAGUGUAGAGUUUACUGGUCACUCUCUUCGUAUUCCUGUUUCUGAGGAUAUGCAAGGCCGUGUGUUCAACGGUUCCGGUGUUCCCAUUGACAAGGGUCCCAAGAUUUUUGCAGAGGAUUAUCUCGACAUCAACGGUUCUCCCAUCAAUCCUUACAGUCGUAUCUACCCCGAAGAAAUGAUCCAAACGGGUAUCUCUUCCAUUGACGGUCUUAACAGUAUUGCUCGUGGUCAAAAGAUUCCCAUUUUCUCUGCUGCUGGUCUUCCUCACAACGAAAUUGCAGCUCAAAUUUGUCGUCAAGCCGGCUUGGUUAAGCGUCCCACGAAGGAUGUGCACGACGGACACGAAGACAACUUCUCCAUCGUUUUUGCCGCUAUGGGUGUCAACCUUGAGACUGCCCGUUUCUUCAAACAAGAUUUCGAGGAGAACGGUUCCUUGGAGCGUGUCACUCUUUUCUUGAACCUUGCCAAUGACCCUACUAUUGAGCGUAUCAUCACUCCCCGUCUUGCCCUUUCUGCUUCUGAGUACUUGGCUUAUCAGACGGAAAAGCACGUUCUGACCAUUCUUACCGAUAUGUCUUCCUACGCUGACGCUUUGCGUGAGGUUUCCGCUGCUCGUGAGGAGGUGCCCGGUCGUCGUGGUUAUCCCGGUUACAUGUAUACCGAUUUGUCCACUAUUUACGAGCGUGCUGGUCGUGUCGAGGGCCGUAACGGUUCCAUUACUCAAAUCCCCAUUUUGACCAUGCCUAACGAUGAUAUUACUCAUCCUAUUCCUGAUCUUACCGGUUAUAUUACUGAGGGUCAAAUUUUCGUUGACCGUCGUCUUCACAACCGUGCCAUUUACCCUCCCAUCAAUGUUUUGCCUUCUCUUUCUCGUUUGAUGAAGUCUGCCAUUGGUGAGGGUAUGACUCGCAACGAUCACGGUGAUGUUUCUAACCAAUUGUACGCCAUGUAUGCCAUUGGUAAGGAUGCAGCUUCCAUGAAGUCCGUUGUCGGUGAGGAAGCCUUGUCCCAGGAAGACCGCUUGGCCUUGGAGUUUUUGGACAAAUUUGAAAACACCUUCAUUGCUCAAGGUGCUUAUGAAACUCGAACCAUUGAAGAAACACUUGAUUUGGCUUGGACGCUGCUUCGUAUCUUCCCUCGUGAAAUGUUGAAUCGUAUUCCCAAGAAGAUUCUUGACCAAUAUUACUCGAGAUCUUCUAAGACCCGGUCGAAGGAUGUUCUUGACACGACUCCGGUCAGCGCAUAAUCCAUUCUUACCUUAAUAUCUACCAAGCACGACUUACAAUUCUGUAGUUUAAUUAAUACAAUCUCUUUCUUUCUUCUCUUAAUAAA